CUGUGACAUAAGAUAGAUGAAUGAUCAUGAUGGGCUCAAAGUGACUUGAGUAAACUCUAUGCCAGACUAGAGACUAGGUUUUUAAAAAUUAUAUUGCAACGGUCUGAAAGUACUUAGAAAAAAUGUCUGCACUUAAAACCAACUAAUAUCUGUCCACCUCUCUGAAAGGAAUCAAAAGGGCUUUUCUUGAAAAAUAGAUUGAAUAUUAUAUGUAAACUAUAUGUAAACGUUAUACAUAAAAAAUCAUAGAUAGUGCAGUGAGAUAACAUAAUAUGUAUAGUAAACAUGCUUUCUUAAGCUGUUAGUCAAAGAAUAAUACCCAUGGGAUUUUUUUUCUUCUUUCAGUGUGGUGCCUGUUGGGCUUUCAGUGUUGUUAGUGGAAUAGAAUCUGCUUAUGCAAUUAAAAGAAACACUCUGGAAGAACUCAGUGUACAACAAGUCAUCGAUUGUUCAUAUAAUAAUUAUGGUUGCAAUGGGGGUUCAACUAUUAGUGCGCUGAGUUGGUUAAAUGAGACACAUGUGAAACUGGUGAGAGAUUCGAAGUAUCCGUUUCAAGCUCAUGCAGGAUUGUGCCAUUACUUCAGACGUUCUGAUUUUGGAAUCUCAGUAACAGAUUAUGUUGCAUAUGAUCUAAGCAAACACGAAGAUGAAAUGAUGAAGAUGCUGAUUAAAUGGGGUCCUUUGUCAGUAGUUGUAGAUGCUCUUAGCUGGCAAGAUUAUCUUGGUGGUAUCAUACAACAUCAUUGUUCUAGUGGGGAACAAAAUCACGCUGUGGUUGUAACUGGUUUUGAUAGAACAGGUGUCAUUCCCUAUUGGAUUGUACGGAACUCCUGGGGACGUACAUGGGGAAUAAACGGCUAUGCUCAUGUUAAAAUGGGUUCUAAUAUUUGUGGUAAGUUUGGAUUCUGUAUAAUUGUAUAA